AGACACGUCCCCAUCCACUGCAUGCAGCAGCAGUCCGCGGUCAGCAAGCAACUUGGCAGCACCGCGCCGCCGCAGCCCCUCCGCCACGCCAGCCAUCAGUCCAUCACUGCGCGUCUGCCCCUUGCGCAGUUGCGCUCGCGGCCCGCCCGCACGGUCCCGCCGCCUAUUUAUCAACGCCGCCCCCACCCGCCACUCUCUCCCCUCUGUCCCAGAACGCGCCCCAGCCUCCCACCUAGAACUCCGCGCCCAGCGCUUUCCGUAACCACCACCACCACAGCGGGCACAGUGACAGGUUGAGGAGACGGCCGCCAUGGGAGAGGAGAAGAAGACGGGCAAGGGCGGCGGCGGCGGCGGCGGCGACAAGAAGAAGGACGCCGGCGCUGGGGCCGCGCCGCAGCCCAUCGUGUUGAAGGUCGACUUGCAUUGCGCCGGCUGCGCCAACAAGGUCCGCAAGGCCAUCAAGCGCGCACCAGGCGUGGAGUCGGUGACGCCGGACAUGGCGGCGGGCAAGGUGGUCGUGACCGGUCCGGCGGACGCGGUGCAGCUCAAGGAGCGCAUCGAGGCUAGGGCCAAGAAGCCCGUGCAGAUCGUCUCCGCCGGCGCCGGUUCGCCCAAGAAGGACAAGGAGAAGAAAGCUGACGGCGGCGAGAAAAAUGCGGCCAAAGAGAAGGGCGGCGGCGAUGCAGAGAAGAAGAAGGCCGACAAGAAGAAGGGAGGCGGUGAUGGAGGAGAGAAAAAUGCCGACAAGAAGAAGGGCGGCGGCGGCGGCGAUAAGAAGGCCGACAAGGAGAAGGGCACUGGCAAACCCAAGGAGGAAGAGGAGGAGGAGGAGAAGCCCAAGGAACCCAAGGAGGAGACGGUUACGCUCAAGAUCCAACUGCACUGCGACGGCUGCAUGGACCGCAUCAAGCGCCGCAUCUGCAAGAUCAAAGGUGUGAAGGAUGUGGCGUUCGACGCCGCCAAGGACCUGGUGAAGGUGACGGGCACCAUGGACGCCGCCGUUCUGCCGGCGUACCUCAGGGAGAAGCUCAGCCGGGACGUCGAAGUCGUCGCGCCCGGCAAGAAGGACGGCGGCGGCGGCGGCGACAAGAAGGGCAAGGGCGCAGGAGACGGGGCAGAGAAGAAGAACAAGAAGAAGGACGGUGGGGCCGAGGGGAAGAACGAUAGAGCCGCGGCCGCGGCCGCGGCCGCCGCCUCCGCAUCGGUGGCGCCGAUUCCCUUGGCCGACGCCGGCGGCAUGUACCUGAUGCCCCCGCACUACGGGUACAUGCCGUACCCGCCGGCUCCCGGCGGCUACUACGGCGCCGCUCCACCGCCCAACCACGCCGGCUUCUACGCCAACGCCGGUGUCCAUUACCCGCCCCCGACAGCCUACGGCUACGGCCCCGCCCACCUCCACGCGCCCCAGAUGUUCAGCGACGAGAACCCCAACGCCUGCUCCGUCAUGUGAUCUCUCGUUCGUUCGCUCGCUCCGCCGGUUUGCCAUCGGCGCCCCUUCUUCCGUCAUUGUGUCAGACCAAGAAUCGUGGCUUGGGUUUUAACAGUCGGUUUAAUUAAUUAUCAGUUAGUGUUAGCCAGUUUAAUCAUUGCUCCGAGUUCAUUACCAGCAGACCUGUGUAAAUGACAGCAGCGAGUCUCGCUCCGCCCCGUUGUAAUGCAGCGUCAUGUGUACUUUAGCCGGACCCGACAAAAUUUUGCCCCUUUGUCAUCGCGAAUCGCCAUUUGCGACGUCGCUGAUGGUGCUCA